CACCAAUAGAUGCCUCUGCACUUACUGCGUUUUAGUAUCGUCGUCAGUUCUUUGCUCUUCAUACAAUUCACAAGCUAUCACAAGCCUGGCGGCGUCUUCUUUACUCUUUGGGUCUCUUAUCAGCGCAUACUACAGAAUCUUCACUUGUUAGGCAGGAUACAAGGACUUAUUCUGGGCCAUGUCUCGCGGCGGAGUGCGGGAGGAUUAUGGACCAGCGAGUGCGGGAGUGCGUAAUAAGGUUUCGGUCCUUGUCCGCAAUAUUCCCUUAAAUUAUACCGCGGAAGAUUUGCGAGCGAAGUUUGAAAAGUUUGGCGAGCUUCGAGAUGUCUACAUUCCCAGGGACUACUAUACUCAGCGCUCGCGCGGCUUCGGAUUCAUUGAGUUUCGAGACGCCCGAGAUGCGGAUGAGGCAAUCUACCAGACAGAUAGAACCAUGCUUGACGGCCGAGAAAUUAACGUUUGCUUGUCGAAGGAGGGGCGGAAGACUCCUCGUGAGAUGAUGAUUCUGGAGACGAAGGAACCAGGCAGCAGCCGUCCUGGAGGUUAUGGUGCAGGCGACCGCGACCGCCGUGAUCGCCGUCGUUCACGAUCUCCCGCCCGUGGUAGCCGCUACAGUCGUAGCCCGCAUGGACGCGGCGGUCGCUACAGCCGCAGCCGCAGCCCACGCGAUCAAGGCGGGCGGGACUAUGACCGUGAUCGGGACCGGGGCUACGAUUACGAACGCGACAAAGGUUACGGUCGAGACCGGGGUUACGAACGCGAACGAGAUCGGCACUACGACGAUGGCCGCAACUAUGAUCGCGAUGGACGUGGUGAUCGUGACCGAGGGCGUGAGAGGGACCGGAGUCGAGAUGUGGAGAGGGAUUAUGAGCAACGUAAUCGGAGCCGAAGCCCACGAGACGAGCGGGAUCGAGAGCUCAGCCCAGACGGAAGGGAUCCCAGGACUGAGCCCGAGGAGCCUGAACACGGGGAUGCCGCCCCGCCUGUCAACGACUACUACUGAAAGGUGGUAACGCCACCGGCGCUUUGCAACUAGGCAUGCCAAAAUGCAACAGCCUCGGCGAGUGACUUUCUGGGAAGCUAGGGGAUCUGAGUUAUCUCCACGUAGGUUCACCACCGAAGGUCCUGCCAUGCAAGUCAUGUCCGUGCGCGAGAUUAUGUGCGCGGUAAGAACCCCAAUUUGCCGAAGGGAGAUCCAGCAACUGGCCUUUGCGGAGGAGUAUGCCUUUUUCAGGGCUGAUACCAGGCGCAACAGUGGUGUUCGACGAGCGUUAGGGCGUGGUUGAAGCCUAUGUGAAAUUGCUGGAUCCGUUGGUGCGGUGAACUGAAAGUAUAAAAAUGCACGACCGCGUGUAAUAUUUCCGGUGUGAGGGUUCGUAGGGUGCUAAUGUAUGUUCCUAUCGUAUCCCUGAUAUGUUCGCAUUUAUCAUGGCGAUUGUGCAGCUCGGAGACAUGAGCAUGCCUGCCAGAAGCGAAUGGGCAUGGCACCCACAUGGUAUUGCACCGCAUAAAAAUAUCUCGUACAGAUAGUUUGACUGGCAUUCUGGGCAAGUCCUCUUUGCGUAUGUAAUUCGAAAUUGCUUUUUCU